GAUCGCGUCGGACCAAUGGCAGCGUUUCAUUUUAAAUCUCCCUCUAAGCUUUCGUGUGGUUACGGUGUUUGUUGUGUACGUUCGUCGGGUGUACAGUGCUGUCAGUGCCGAAAAUGUAUUUACAUUAAAUAUUUCCCGAAUUAUUAUCAGACAGGACGAAAUUGGGUUUUCCAACCACUUUGUACAACCACUGCAAUUGCCGAUCACUUAACCUCCAUCAUGUCAGCCGCUAUGGAUAUGUUCCUUAACACUUCUGACUCCCUUCCGUUUCCAGACAUCUUGGACAUUGACAUUAAAACUGAUAUGGACCUAUUAGUGGGAGGUCAUAAUGACUUUUCCGGUUUUAAUUUCAACAGUCUGGAACCGUUAGAGUUCGAGGAUGCUCACGAAAUCAAAUGGUAUAACUCCAGCUCGAACCAUUCGAUACUGGAUUUUAGUGGAGAUGAUGGCCCGACCAUGGUCAAUCCGAAUGCAGUUAUGCCAGUUAUGUCUUUGGCAGGUAGCCUAGGCAGAAGCCCUUCGCCAGCAUUAAGGGAGAGCCAUCUGACGUUCUCCCCUGCCACCAUUAAAAUCGCGUCAAUUAAAGCUGAUACGGCGACAGUCAAGAAAGAUCUGUUAAAUCGCCUGGAAUCUGUCGAGAAGAAACGACUGGAAAUAGCGGAGAAGCGAGUACCACAACCGCGACCGCCACUGCAGCCUGUGAUCAAAUCAGUUUCAAAAGUCACCCCUAUCUUAGCAAAGCCAACUAUAAAACCGAUAACCAUAAGAGCCCCCAACGCAACCCCUACAAUAGUGAUAAAAAACGCGGUUCAACGCACAGCUACUCAUCCAGUAUUAACUCGAAUCACAAAUCCGGUAACUAUUAGAACUGUACCAGCUAACAUCAUCACUACAGUCCAGAGAAAGAAUGUAGCAAUUCAAAAGACUUUUGAGCCUGUAGACGAUAUUCCUGCCUAUCCGAAACCCGCCUACAGCUACUCAUGCCUCAUAGCCAUGGCAUUGAAGAACAGCAAGACUGGUUGUCUUCCUGUUUCUGAGAUUUAUAGUUUUAUGUGCAAGCAUUUCCCUUACUUUAAGACAGCACCCACUGGAUGGAAAAACUCCGUGAGGCACAAUCUGUCCUUGAAUAAGUGUUUUGAUAAAAUCGAGAAGCCCGCCUUAAAUGGGUCACAGAGGAAAGGCUGUUUAUGGGCAAUGAACCCUGCAAAGAUCAACAAAAUGGAUGAGGAGGUGCAGAAGUGGUCAAGGAAGGAUCCUAUGGCAAUUAGGAAGGCUAUGGUGAAUCCAGAGACCCUUGAAGCUCUAGAACGUGGUGAACUAAAGUUCUCGUGUUCGUUUGAUGACGAGGAGGCGGAGCAGUAUGGUGACUCGUGCGGCUCUGUGGGAAGUUCGGGCGAGGGUUCAGAUUCCGGAGAAGACAUUGACUCUCAGGAGGAGAUGGAGCAGGAGGAAUCGAGCAAUUUAAACUUGGACGAGAUUCAAGUCCAGUACAUUCAUGUUCGGGAAGGGGAUUUUGAGGAAUUUCGCCAGGUUAAAUCAGAAUCCUACGACACCUACGAAGAUGACAAAAAACUACUCCGAGUGGAAAUGGAGUUGGCCCAGAAAGAGCUAGACUACGAAAGGACACUGAACAACAAACGAAGAAAGACGUACUUGUUGCAAAAAUAACUUGCCAAAUAGUAUGUAUUCCAAAAAAAAAUGCAAUUUUCCUAUUCUAUGGUAAAAUGCGUUUAGGCGAUUCUGUAUAGAGAAUGUUAUUUUUCUGAGUUUAUUGUUGAAACUUUCAGGAAGGUUUUUCGCAAGGUUAAUUGGAUCUAAUAUCCAGAUUCGACGCUGUGUAAAUUGGUGAUACUUUUGUAAAUAGUGUGAAAUAACUAGUAUUCACUUAGCUAAGUAUUUUUUUACUGAUCGAUACGCUAUCCAAGACUGCCAACUUAUUAAUCAAACCUUGAGCUUUCGCACAUCACUUUAUUGUUCUUCUUGUUUCAUAUUUUUACAUCGGUUUUGGGCGUGAAAGUUGGAAUGACAAGAUUAUUUCCUCAAAUUCAUUUUUUAGCAUGUAAAUUGGGUUCGAGUAAUCUCAUGAGAAGUGUGUCUCGGUCUGCUUUAACAGAAUUUUGUUCAAAUUUUAGAUCUUUUUUUUUUGUGAUUGGGAGCAAAUUUUGUGCAUUAUUUAAGAAAAAUAAUUUCCAUUUACACCUUUUACUUUAUUAAUUUUUGUAAACUAAGAUGAUUACACCACAUACUUUGAUUCCAACCUCCAAAAGGAUCUAUAAUUUUUUUAUUGAAUGAAAUGAUUAAAAUUGAUAUUUUUGUAACUUGUACCGAAAAAUAAUUUUUUGUUGCUGUUCCCUGUAACUCUCUGGGAGUUCCUUACAAGAACUAUGUUUGAAAUCUGAUUUUUAUGUUUAGUGAUAUUUUUUGAUUUAAACUUAUUUGCAUGCGCACAUAAACUCAAUCUUUCUAUUUGAAUUAUUUCAAUUAAUAUUUGAACUUUAUAGUAUAGAACCAAUCCAUAAACUUUUCAUUUCCUGGUUACUUUUUGACGUUUUUUUUUAGUUGAAAUAUGUAAAAAAGUACCAUUUAAAAAAACAUUUUCUCAAUUCCAUUUUAUCUAAAUAACUAAACUGGAAUUGAGUAAAGACUUUGGUCAUAUACACUUUUUUGUCGAGUUGCUAUAGGUGGCUGUUGUCGUUUCACUUUGUUCUACUUCUGAUCUUUCUAGAUGGGACCAGUUCGUCGGAAAUUCUCAAUUAGUUUGUCAAAAAAUGUUAAGUGUCGGAAUUUUUUUUGUCACAUUUUGUGUAAAAAAUGUGACUGAAUAGUGAAAAAUUGGGAAGCCUUUAAAUGUAAUUUUUAAAUGUUUUUAUACGAGUGUUUCUUGAUGACGUGUCCAUACUGCAGAAUGUGAUUUAAGGUUAUUUUUUAAAGAAAAAUUUAGUUUCCACUAAAGAAUUUAAAAUUUUUCAUUCAAAAGUAAUUUCAACGAAACUCAGGAGCACCUGGUUAUUUUUAAGGUUAAUGGCAGAAAGAUAUACAAAAAAAACUUUUUUUCUUCUAAUUUAGUUAAGUUAUUUAAUGGUUAAUUAGCUGAAUUUAGUUGCUAAUAAAUAUGAUUGCAAAUUCUUUAUAUUUAGGAAGUUCUGCAGUUAAAGUAUACAAUCAGUACCGUUCUCUCAAACAAAGCAUAAAAUUGGUAACUUCAUUUAAGGUAAAUCCGAGAAAAAUCAAGUUUUACUAUUUCAUUUUCUAUUGAUUCUCUUAUGUAUAGUAAACUUUGCAUCGAUAUUAUUAACAAAGUUUUUAUAAAAUAAAAAGAAUAGUGACAGGUACAAUUUUAUAACGAAUAUAUUGAUGUAAAAAACUCAAUUUUAACAAAAAUGUUAUAUAACCAAUUUUAUGCUUUGGACGGCAGCGUUCACAGACCCAAAUCUUAUUCCUAAUUAUAUAGACUGUAGAAACCAGAUGUCCUAAUGAACUUGCAGCGCAUAGGUUGGCGCUUUCCAUGUUUUCAUCCCGUUUUACAUUAUUUUCAACCACUUUGCAUCUAUUCUUCAUAAAAAUAUAUAAUUAAUUUUUCUCUAAAAGACUAAACAAAACUAUAAACGAAAAGUAAAGUCAAACAUCUCAAAUAUACAUAAUAAGGCCAUACGUGUUUCGUUCCUAGCAAAGCAUCAUCAGGCUUAAAAGAUGAUAAGUGGUUCAAAGCUGAAAUGCAUAAAAAAUGAUUUUGAGAAACGCUGGCUCAGAGUUAUAGGGUUCUAGGUAUAUGAAUUUCAAGAAAAGAUUUUAAAGGUUGGGUUAUUGUAUGUUUAAUUUAGCAGUAUUUAAAUAUGAAAAUAAUUAUUGGAUAGAGUUUAACUAACAAAUAAAUCUCUUCUUUGAUGAAAUCGCGUUAGUACAUACUUCAGUGGCAGAUAGGAGCAAAAAAAACAUAGAAAUUUGUAAUCUAAACUUUUUUUUAAAGGUAAAUAUAGAACUAUGAGUGUAUUUUUGUCAGUGGCAUCCACUUUAGCAUAAAUUUUAAUGCUUCUAUCUUAUAAAUUGGAAGCUCUGUUGAUACAUUGAUGGGUAUUGCUUCAAUGGACAAGAUUCUUUUCAUGGUACACUCAUCUUUUAUUUUACACACACUUAAUAUAUUACUUGAAUGUGUUAAGUUCUAGUACGAGGUUUGUCCGGAAAAUACGUAUAAAAGUGGAAUAAUAUUUUUAUUUUACAAUUAUUCAGAAAUUUCAAUAUGGUCUCCUUCAAAGUACUCCCCCUGAGACGAGAUGCACUUUUGCCAACGCCGUUUCCACUGUUGGUAUAAUCGCUGGAAGUCUUCAGGUGUUAGGCUCUUCAAUUGCCGUGUCGUUUCGGACUUGAUGGCUUCCACAUCACCCAAGUGCCGCCCCCGAAGCACCAUUUUGCAUUUGGGGAACAGAAAAAAGUCACAAGGGGCUAAAUCGGGUGAAUAAGGCAGGUGUUGUUGAAUGUUACAAUGAUUGAGCUCCUAGCCAAAAACUCACGCACAACGAGAGAUGUGUGUGCAGGCGCGUUGUCGUGAUGAAGGAUCCACCUGCACCCUUGAGCCAAAUUGUUUUCACAUUGGACCUUGAUUUUCGCGACUUUUUUGUUCUCGGAUCUCCUGCUUGUUCCACUCCUUGCUUUGAGAUUUCAGCUCCACGUCGAAUUCGUAGAACCAUGAUUCAUCUCCAGUGAUGACCCUAUCAAGAAACUCGCUCUUGUUCUCUGCCUCCAUCCAAUCCUGACAACAACCAACCCUCCUUGCUUUCUGAUCUGGAGUUAAGAUCGUCGGAACGAUUUUUGCACAUAAUUUUUUCAUUUCAAGUGUUCCUGUCAGGAUUUCGUGGACGAUUGUUUUAGGUAUUGACAGUUUCUCAGCUAUCAUCCUAACUCGUCAAUCGACGGUCAUUAAGGACACGACCACGAAUUCGUUCAACGUUUUCCUCAGAAGUCGAUGUGGAGGGGCGUCCUGACCGUUGGCCAUCUUUCACAUCUUCUCGGCCUUCCCGAAAGUUUUUCAAAAACAGUUGGUUCCUUUAGAGAAUUGUCUCCGUAAACUUGUUUGAAACACUCGAAAAUUUCACGACCAUUCUUGCCUAGCUUUGCAUGAAACUUGAUGUUAAUUCGCUGUUCCUCAAUCAGAGAGAGCUCGAUGCCGACGGCAGGUAAAAAAAGGGUUGCUUUAAACGUGUAAACGUAAAUUCGCUAUAACUCGCAGAGCGCUCUGGCUCGAACUAAGCGUUCAGUGGAUAGUAUAGAAAGAUGAAACCGCCGGGCCGCCCCUCCCCUACGCGUAGAUAUCGGAACAUUUCAUACGUACUUUCCGGACAAACCUCGUAUACAAUAUGUGGCAUUGAUUAUGAAAAGUGUUACAGCCUAACUUUGGAAAAAGGUAUUUUCUAAUAAAGUAGUUUGCAGGACAGGUUAUGGAAAUUUUUAAAAUCAUUCGCUUUCAUUUGAAUUAUUUUGUAAGGGGAUUAACUUCUAAAAAAUUCUGAUAAGCCAGAAUGGACUAUAAUAUUCUAUUUUGUUUAAUACCUUUUCUAUUGCGCUAUCUGUAGAAUCAACUUCCUCAACACAAGAGUGACCAGGAAUCGAAUAUUUGACAGUUAUACUUUACAAGUUAUCUGCUUUCCAAAGAAACUGUGUAAGGGCAAAGGACAUUAGAGAGUUCCUGUUCUGUGGAACGCAGUUGUCACUCCAUAGGGUUAAAUGCUCUAUUUUGGGAUGAUCCUUUAUUAGGCUUGACAAAAUUUGACAUAGGGCUUUGGCUAUAUAUAUCUGUGCGUUUUCAAGUGCGCAGUAAAAAAAAUUUGCUAACUUCUGCUUUUUUAGGACGUUUUACCAAUUAUUUAGGAUCAAAACAAAGGUAGUAGCCUUUUCUUUAUGCUCUCUAUCAAUGUUUUUCUUGCUUCGACAUGCUUUAUUUUCCUAUAUGUGUGCUGUAUGCUUGUCGCGAUACAGCAUCAAUCUCCUGUUGCUCAUUAUCCUGCAACCUUUGUAAUUCGCAAACGUCACAUCGAUCCUUUUUUGGUCUUUGAAAAACAAGGUUAAACUCUGUUGAAAAAAUCUCUUAUCGGAAUCUUUGUUUAACGGGAUUUUAACCAUAUCCUCCUUAUAAUGAUCAUAAAGUAUUGCAAUAUUAAGAUUGAAUCCAAGUAUUCUCUUGAUGUGUCAGCUUGACAAUAGUGUCUCGUGAAGUAAUGUGGUCCCUUAAUGCUUGCACUUUUUCUUCUGAUAGUGUUUACGGUGCUUUCCUUACAUCAGCCAUUUAGCUAUACGAGGUAUGCCAAAUAAUUAAGUAGACAUAUAAUUUUACUCGUAAAAUGUACUUUAUUCAUUCAAAUCAAAGUGGUUGCCUUCAAAGUACGACCCUUCUGCAUAAACAUAUUUAUUCCAUUGAUUCUUCCAUUGCUGAAAAGCUUUCUGGAACUCCUCGGCUGCAAUAAAGUUUAACGUCGUGGUCGAAAUUCGCUUCAACUCCUACGGUUCCAUAGUGGCGUCCCCACAUGACUUUUUUCAAUUGGGGGAAAAUAAGAAAAUCGCAUGGAGCCAGGUCAAGUGAGUAAGGGGUGGUCCAUGAUGUUCAUCUUGUUUCGAGCAAAAAACUGACGAACAACACAGGCGGCAGGGAAUUGCUUCUCCACAACUCUGGACGGUAUCGUCUUACACGUUCACGGAGACGUUUCGAAAGUUCCAGAUAAUACUCUUUGUUAAUAGUUCUGCCUGGUGGCAAAAAUUUCAUAUGAACAAUGAGUGACAACCAAAAGAGACGGUAAUCAUCACUUUGGUUUUUGAUUUUUCUUUUCGUGCCUUCUUCGCUCUCCAGGUGCCUUCCAUUCACAACUCUGGCGUUUUGUUUCUGGAUCAUACUCAUACAUCACACCCUCCCAAGUUUAAAAUCCGGUUCACACUAAUAUAGGGGCUGUUUGAAGCUUUCUUUGGCACUCAAAAAUCGUAGAAUUUAGGAGUAGCAUUGAGUUCGAUUAAAAUAUUUCAUUUUUAAAAUAAAAUUAUUAAAGGUAUAAGGCACUUUUUUAAUAAACGCAUUUUUUACUCCAACCAAAACAAACUUUAAACUUAUGAAUUCUUAACAUAAAACGAACAUAUUUUCUAAAAACUAAAGAGAAAAAUAAAUCAAAGCGUUCAUGUCUUCAAUAAGAAAAGUCAGCAUCUUUCACAAAAUCAUCACUGUCGAAAUCGCAGUCUGUACAAAGGGAACAAACAUAAAAUAGGUCACUCAUUUCAUUACAGAUCCCACAAAUCCACUUUUUGCAUUGAGUGCAAUUAAUCCAAUCAGGGCCUAUGUAGGUUUCCCAUUUUUUUGAGAAAAUGGCGCCUGAGGCAAUUUAAUUAGGCUUCAAUCAAAAGGACAGAGUCUUGUGGCCCUAAACCCCGAUUUUAAAUUGUUUGACACAUUUUCGUGUAUUCCAAUCCACAAUCUAUUUAAGAGUUUCGGAAAAAAUUCUUUUGGGAUUGAAGCACUGGAUUUUGUUUCGCUGCGCCAUUUAUCCAAAAUCUCCCUCCAUUUUUUUUUGCAUUGGUGCAAACACUGCAACGUCCAGUAGUUGCAUCAAAUGGGUGCUAUUUGGUGGGAACGCUGUCCUAUAGAUAUUGUUUUCCUCAGAAGCUUUUAUUACGGUAGGUGAGAAAUGAGACGCUAAAUUGUCCCCGACAACAAUUUUCUUUGUGGUUUGAAUAAAUUUGCCAAGUUCUUAGCUUCAAUGAUUAGCUCAGCAAUAUUAACUCUUGAAUAGUCAUUAAGCUACCACUCCUAGGUAUUGAAAUUGCAUCUAUGUCGCCUGGAUAUCCCUCUUCACUGUCGCUAUCACUUUCCGUGUCAAUGGUUUCAGUUUGAGAUCUUGCUUUAGAUGAUAGUGGAGUAAAAUUCUCCAACUCUUGAAAACAUGACAAGAUCGCUCGGACCCAACGGAAAUAGUGGGCGACGUAGUGCGCACUUCCAGCUGCUCAUUACUAGCGCGCAUGUUACUACUACACAUGAGUUGGUUCUCUCUAUGAUGGUUGUAAUCUACCCACUACAAUUUUCUUUCUAGGAUUGUCAAUCUCUCUAAUUUUAGGUAGAACAAUUUCGAAGAACCACUUUUCAAAUUGAUCCAUAACGAACCAGCCACUAGAUGUGUGGCUAUAGACUGCUCCAGCAGGACCUCAUUUUGUCCAAAAUAAAUAGGUAGGUUCCCCUUGGAACUACGACUUUAUUGGCACCAGGAUCAUCCUGGAUUGGAUGAUCCUGUUGUGUCCAACCUGUGUCAACCAGAUUUAGUGAAAAAAAUUUCUACUUAAUUAAUUGUCAGACCUCCCAUUUCCCACUGUAUGGCUUGUUUCAUGAAUGUUGUAUAUAGUUUUUUGGCUGAUUCAAAGUUACAAGAAAAAAGUGCUUACAGACCUAAAUUUUUUUCCAUUGACAUGAAACUAAAACAAGUAUGUGUUCUAUUUGGUUGAAUUUUCUUGAGUCUUGUUCUCACGCCUUGUCUUUGGUUAAAACUUUCCCGUGUUUGAUAAAACAAAAAGUCGUUUUUCUUCCUGUGUCAGUUUGUAGUAACUGAAAUAAGCUUAUGCGAACUUCGUCACUAAUAUUUUCACAGCACUUUUUCCUACACUUCAUAAAAUCUUUUAAGUUUUUAACUGUUUUUGAGGGUACUAAUUUCUUUCGUGAAGAAAUAUAUGCUUCGCCUCUAUUUCAUUUAUUUUUGCGAACAACUUUCGCGCAUUUGGAUGGAUCUCUUUUUUCAUCUGUUCUACUCCGAUUUCGACGUCUAAACCAGUUUCUUGUUUCCUUUAGUAAUAGUAUUUUGUAAUUCAUUCCUAGUUGAAGUUAAACAGUGUUGAAAAUGUUGGAAAACAGAAAACGUACUACCUUCCGCCGUUAUAUUUAGUGAGGCUUUACAGUUUUGCUUCGCAUUUUGCUUUAGCUACAUUAUUUUAAGAUUUACUUUAUCAUCUCUGCUAAAAUAAAUAAAAGUGGAAUCAUAAUUAUAUAUAAACCUAACCUCACUAACCUAAAUUCACCUGUUGUAUAAGUCACCCAAUUUUAUGUAGAACAUAGAACUUUGUAACUGAUAAGACAUAUUCAUGCUACCUAGUUUUAUGAGAUACUGCUAUUUAAUAUAUUAACAGAUAAACAUAGAACUUUGAAACCCUGACUAAAAUGGAAUAUAGCUGUCGUAGAAAUUGGGAGAUACUAAUUCAUAAAAGUCCCUGUAACUCUGAGCCAGCGAAAAUGUUUUAUAUAAUUUAUUAUACUACAUUUGAAAAAUCAUAGGUGGAACAGGUGGAAUAUAUGGUAAAAACACUUGGAGAUGUUUGUGUAAUAUAAACACCAUUUUGGCGAUUCAAAGUAUUAAAGUUUCGUAUUUAAAGAUUUUUCUUUAAUACUAUAAUAAUUUCUACAAUACAAUACUAAUAUUUUAUUUCUUGAAUUUUCUAUAUUAUUGUUGAAAAUAAUAGUCACUAAAUAUCAUUACUAUUAUCCUACCUUAUUCUAAGAAUUCAAAUUUUGAGCACUGAAAAAUCACACCGGUAACACCUUUUCAGUGUAUUAGUAGAGUGCUAUCUAUCGGUAAAAAUAGUAACAUUGGACACUGACAUCUUUGCUCUUUUAAAAGGUAAAAAAAAUCAAUUUAUGGACUUAGUCCACUUCGGCUUUGAGCCCCUCAUAUAGAAAUAUUAAAAUUAUUAAUAAAACUAAAAAAUUUAAACAAUGAAAAGUAUAGACCAGCUACACACUGAUAUUAUAUAUUUUUAUAUCAGACCGUAAUUUUUUAAGCUGGUCUAUAGUUUGAGUACUAAAAACUCGAAUACUGUCUCCUAAAAAGUCGUUGGUAUGAUACCCACUGAAGACUUUUAGUCAUUUUUUCCUUAAAUUCUUCGAAUAAUUGUUAACCUAUCGUAGAUGUUUGUCUUGUUUUAAAUUGUAAUGUGAACUAUGUACUACUUAAGAAUUUUCAUAUAUGUUUGGGAUUUUAUAUAGUCCCGAUGAUGCUUCGCUAGGAGCAAAGCAUGUAUAGUUUUAUUAUAUAUUAUGUUUCGAAACCGUGACUUAUGGUUUACUUUUCGUUUAUACAUAUGACAGCACAGUUUUAGAAAUUACAGGAAUAUUUUAAUAAGUAUCGUUUAUGUUCAAACGUUUAUUAUGUUUCAGUAAUGCUUUUUUAAUAAGUUUUAUAUAAAAUUUCACCUUUUGCGUUACAAGAAGUUAUAAAAAAAAACUUGGAACUUUUGUGGAAAUUCCCUGAAAAAUCACCUGAAAAAUCACACCCUGCAACAUACCACCACAUCAUCAAGAAGCACCUAUUGUGAAUUUACUUAUAGGUGCUGAUAAAUUAGCUAAUAGUUUUAACGUUUUGGGGCUUUCUUUUAAGUUCCACCCGCAUAACAAAAAUCUCGAAAUUCAACUAUUUUUUUAAAACGACUGAUUACUUUUUAAUAACUUUGUGGCGGUAAACUCGAUUGUCCGAGUUGGAAAAACCGGCCGCCGUAUAAGUUAAAUUUAUAUAAUUUAGACAGGGAUGUCGGGUAGUUCCUUAAAUGUUUGCAAUGGUUCCAGUGGUGUUAACGAUCUCUUUCUGUGGAGCUCGUUAGCUCCCUGAAGAGACAACACAUAUUGGAAAUAAAUCUUGUAAAUAGUUUAGGUUAUUUAGUUGUUAGAUUGUUUAAAUAACCGUUUAGUUUGGCUACUAGACAUCGCCUAAAUAUUGUCAUUCUCAUAGAUUUAGAACUUUUUAUUUUUAACAUUGAUGUACAAAGUUUAGAUUUUAAGGCGAUUAUACUUAAUAAAAUGUGAUUUUUUUUCUAUGAA